GGAAAUUCAAGCCAUUGACGGUCCCCCCACGCCAUGGCUAGCGCCGCGGAAGCCCCUAUCGCCGCGUCCUUCGCCGACGAUGAUCUUGGUUUCGACGUCGACGAUCUCCUCCAAAGCUUCUGCUACGACGAUCUCUUCGACCUCGACGCUGCCAUCUGGAUCCCUGAACCUCCCCCUCCGCCAUCCACCACCACGGAGGUGGAGAAGUCCAGUGAUUCUUCGGAAUCCGGCGGCUCCUGCGACACCAUGAAGUCCUACGUGAGUCAUCUCGAGAAAGUUCUCAUGGAGGAGGAGGGCGAGGAUGCUGCUGCUUUCAAGGAGAGCUGCGAUAUAGAUGACUUCGUCGCUUGUUUGUUCGCGGAAGGGUCCUGUGAUGGCGGUAGCGAGACUUGUACUACUGAAUCGGUGGAAGAAAUCCUCCGCAGGGGAAAGGAGGACAAGCAGGUGGAGGAGAUGCCGGCGACGGUGUCCGCGGACGGGGAGGACGACGAUCCUGUCAGCAAGAAGAUGAGAAGGCAAAUGAGAAAUAGAGAUUCUGCCAUGAAAUCGAGGGAGAGGAAGAAGAUAUACUUGAAGGAAUUGGAGAUGAAAAGCAAGUAUAUGGAAGCGGAGUGCCGGCGUUUGGAUUAUGCUCUCCAGUGUUGUGCAGCGGAGAAUUUGGCACUUCGUCAGUGUUUGCAGAAGGAAAAGCGAUUUGAUGUUGCCGCAGCUAAGCAGGAGUCUGCCGUACUCUUUGAGGAAUCCCUGCCGCUGGGUUCCCUGCUUUGGCUCGCCAGCAUCAUUUGCCUAUUCCUUCUUCCAGUUCUUCCCAACCUGAAUCUAGAGGGCACAGACAAUCCCGAAAGAGGCCGCGAUCACGAAAUUGCAGCAAUCGAAAGAGUAACAACUGAGACUCCAGAGGAAAAUAUAAAUUCAGGGUUCGGAUCAGUGAGUUUUGGGAAGAAAUGCAAAGGGACAAGGGCUAGGAUUAAGGAUCUUGAUCUUUUGCAUGCCAUUGAGGCAUCUUAGUGGUUCCUUAAAUUGGAUUUGGAUACUUCUUUCUACUAAAACCUUAUAUAAUUAAUGUAUGAACUCUAUGUUAUCAUCUGUUUUAUCAUGAUCAGAUGAUCUUAAUGCUAUGCUAUAACAAUUUCUUAUGUA